CAUGUCUCUCCACAUCUCCCAGCUAACCAGCUAGCAGGCGUUAGCUCUCACAUGCUGCAGCAUCAACACCACUGCUGUUUAUAAUGUACUUUCUCUACACAAUCAUCGCGUCUUUAGUUGCUUUUUUCAUUUUGAAAUGGAUGAAAAAGAGGAGGUAUUGCACUGAUGUGAAAAGACUUGACGGCAAAACAGUUCUCAUUACAGGUGGGAAUUCGGGCAUUGGCAAGGAGUCAGCCGUUGGCCUGGCAACGAGAGGCGCCCGCGUCAUCAUCGCUUGCAGAGACCCGGACAAGGCUGAGAAGGCUGUGAGGGAGAUCAGGUUCAAGAGUCACAGCCUUAACGUCCUUCACAUGGAGCUGGACCUCGCCAACCUGCGCUCUGUGAGGGACUUCUGCGAGAACUUCCUCCAGAGAGAGAAGAGGCUCGACAUCCUGAUCAAUAAUGCAGGCAUGCCCGGUGUCCUCGACUGGACGGACGACAGCUUCAGCAUGUGUUUUGGCGUCAACCACUUGGGUCACUUCCUCCUAACCAAUCUGCUUCUGCCUCGCCUGAAGGAAUGCGCCCCAAGCCGUGUGGUCACCCUCACAUGCUCCAGCUACAAAUACCAGAAACUGGACUUCCAGGACCUCAACUACAACCUGCUGCCCUUCUUCACCUACUGCCGCAGCAAGCUGGCUAACAUCUACUUCAGUCAGGAAGUGGGCCGCAUCACUGACGGGAAAGGAGUGACCUCCUACGCUGUGCAUCCUGGUUUUGUCCAAAGUGGUUGGACGUGCCACUACUCCAUCCUGUUCCGGAUGCUGAUGCAGGUGAUCAUGUGGAUGUUUUUUGUGCCGUGUGAGAUUGGCGCUCAGACUGUCAUCUACUGUUCUGUAUCAGAUGAAGCCGCCAAACACAGGGGUUACUUCGUCGACUGCCGGCCAGCUACUCUGCGUCCUUUCGCAAGAGACGCUGGUGUGGCAAAAAAACUCUGGGAGGCCAGUGAGAGACUGGUGAAACUGGGAAAAGCUGAUUCUUAAGAGUUGUGCAAGGUCAUGCACUUUUUUUUAUAUUUGUGCUUUUUCAUUCACAUUUUUGUUGUGUUCACAAUGUUUAUGUAAAGAUUAGUUUUUAUGUGCUUGUUUAAUUUAAGAGGAAAUGUUUUGCACAAAUAAAAGACAAUGA